AUCAUAGUAAACUAGUUUGUAUAUUAAUACACUCAGUAGACACUUUGUCAAUUGACUUCACUUGAUAACUUCGUACUUUCAUAAAGGCUUGUUUAGAUAUUUAGCAUGCGAUGAAUUUUAAAAAUAAGCUAUUGCUCGUAAAUGGCUAUUGGGACACUUCAGGCGAAUUACCUCAUAUAGUAGCCCAAAUGCACACCGUUCCGGAAGAUUUCAACACGAAUUACAAAGACAUUGAUGUCAUGAUUGACACCAGGGAAUCAACAAAUCAGAGUCCACGCGGAUCGGACAGUGGAAUUGAUUCGGACUGCACGGAUGGAAAUUUGUCCUGGCUUCUCAACUACAAAAUUCACGAACUACCUCCAGUACCUGACAUAUCAUCAUCGGAACAAGAAAUUAUUGAACAGAUAAUGCCACAACAAGUGCAGAAAAUAAUUCCACCCCAAGUGCAAAAAAUGAUUUCGGAGCAGGAGCCGACAAAGCCAAUCUCCAAUGUGCAUUACACGUACUAUGGCGUUAGGAAGCCACCAUUCACUUACACUGAGCUCAUUGAACACGCUCUCAAUGAAAUGGGCGAACUGACUGUUUCGGGGAUUUACCAGUGGAUUUCAGAACACUUUCCAUUUUACAAACAAAAUGACGACAGAUGGAAGAAUUCCAUUAGACACAAUUUAUCGAUAAACCCGCAUUUCCGAAAAGGUAGCAAAACUACUCGUGGUGCCGGCCAUCUGUGGACGCUAUCUCAAAGGGAUGAGACAAAAGCAUGGCAAAUUAAACAAAGAAUACUGCAGUAUUUCGAAUCCGCCCAUCGUUGCGUCAAAGACCAAGAGGAGCUGGAACUUCAGACUGCAACGGAAAGUAUAAUGGAAGAAAACUAUUUGCAAAACAUAACUCAGCAAGUAGAACCGAUGCAGGUUGCAGUUCAAGAAGAUAAUAAUGUUGAAAUUCAAUACGUUAACAUUAAUGUUAUGAACAUUCCUAACGGAAUUCAUGAUUUUCUUGCACCGCCUGUAUCCAAACAAGAAAUCGUUCAGGAAUGCGGUCUAGGCAGUGAUUACUUCGUAACAGACCUCAAUCCUAACAGCAUGGGCCUGAACAUGACAGAAAGCAUUGUAGAAGACGACAUCUACGACGACAUAUCGUUUGAAUAUUACCCGAUGCAGAAGGAAUAGUUGUUUAUUCGUUAAUUCGAUUAUUCCAAUAACUAAAACAAUCUAUGUCCGUUUUUUAUAUAGAUUGUAUGUAUUCAAGUGUCUUUAAUUCUAGUCUAAUUGUAAUUUAAUAAAUCAAUCUAUUUAGGGCAAGUGUACUUGACAAAAACUUCAAGGUAUUUUUUUGUAGGUACAGUACAUCAGUUGUAUAAAACAUUUAAUGAUUGUAAUAUUUUUGUACAUCUUUGAUUGUAUGAAGCCAAAAAAUGUAGGCAAAACUUCUUAAUAAACACCUUUUA